AUGGAUGAACAGGUUAAAAUACCUGUAAAGCGCUCGCGUGAUGAAGCUAGCAAGUUGUUGGGUGAGAAAAUGCUUCAGGGAUGGAUAUUGCUGGGUGCAAGCUGUCCCGUUGACGACUGCUACACGCCUCUAAUGCGCAACAAGCAAGCAAAGAUGUUUUGUGUGAGGUGUGCUCAAUAUGUUAUCACUGAGGAGGAUGCUAAGAAACAACAAGCAGAGAAAGAGGCGGAGAAGAUUGUAGCUGUGGAAAAGGAGGAAGCCGAGGCUGGAGCUCGAUUGGAGGAAGAACGCAGACGUCACAUUGCGCAACAAUUUCGCUUGGAAGAGCAAGCCAAGCAGGCGAGAAAAAUGCAGGAGCUCGAACAGAAAAAAACGCAGCAUGUGGCGACUGUACAAGGAACUGGUACUGUGUGGUCAAAGCGCAAGAUUGACGAUUUGUUGAGCCGAAGCAGCUCCAAGAGCGAUGCGGACGUGAAUGUUGUUCGUCGCCAGACACUUGCUGCGCUAUAUCAGAAAAUGGAAGCUUUGACGGACUCGCUAUCGCCCAACGACCACAGCGAACGUCUCAUCUCCGUCGCCAAAGCUGUGCGAGAGAUUGCUGAAGCCGCGCAGCUUUUAAAGUAG